AUGCCCGAUACUCAGUAUAGUUCUUGGCCGUUUAAGCUGGAUUUGUCCGAGGCGAAGGCCUUGGAGCAGGAGCGUCAGCAGCUGCUUGCGCUUUUCGAUGAAUUCAGUGAUCGUAUUUCACGUGAUGCGUAUGACUUAGGGUCAUACGAAGAGACCGAGAUAGUUAUUAAGACAACCAGUGAAACUCCUCCUUCGCGCUUUAGACCGCCGCGGAUUCCGGCAAAAUUUCAGAAAGAGCUCGAUGAGCACAUUAACAAAUUGCUUCGAGCAGGUCGCAUAGUAGAGAGUGAUACUCCUUGGAGCCAUAGUACAGUGUUAGUAAAGAAGAGGGACGGUUCCCUUCGAGUCUGUCUCGAUUUCCGUCCUUUUAGCAAGAUCGCCAUCUAA